ACCUUUGGUCUUGGAAUAAAAAGAAACGGCUUGUUUAAGGAGCUCUUGCAAGCUGCAAUCGGAAGCAACGGCGGCGUUUGGUGCUCAAGUGGACAAGAAGCCUUAAACGCUGCGUUUUAUGCCCCUGCAGCUUGUCUCUCUCACAUCACCUAUCCUCUUGCAAAAAUCAAUUUUUCUUCCGUGUAUUUAUGAGAAAACCCCCUUAAAAUCCUUCUAACACCAUUGACGCUUUAGGAACAGCACGCGCACUGAACAAUUUACCAAUAAUUCUUUGUGAAAAGCCCAUGAUUUUAUAACAAAUAUAUAUAUAUAUAUAUAUAUAUAUAUAUAUAUAUAUAUAUAUAUAUAUUUUUUUUUCUUCUGGUGAUGAAGCUCAUUCGAGUAUCUUUCGCUCCGUCCAGAGCUUCCCUUUGCUUUGUCAAUGGAGGAGCCUCUCCCUUUUCAGUUCCCAAAGCUGUCUCCUUCAAUUCAAGGUCUUUCUCAGUUUGUAGCUUUUGCAGGAUUCUUCACCAAAAUAACACCGCUUCGGAUGGUGUAAACUUCUUGGCAAUGAGCAAUAACUGCAUCUCUAGAUUUUGCAGCACUCGCCAUAGACAUGUCGUGUUGCUAACUUCUGGGAGAAAUGUUCAGCGUGGCAUUUCAAGAACCUUUUCCACAUUUGUGUCACCUUUGAUAGCUCCAACUCCUUCACUCAUCAUUCGUUCACCGUCAUCAGCGGUGGUGGCUGCACACCUUAACCUAUACGAUGCUCCUCAACGUUCAGAUGAAUGGUUUGCUCUUCGUAAGGAUAAGCUUACUACAAGUACCUUUAGUACUGCUUUGGGUUUUUGGAAAGGAAAUCGUCGGUUUGAGCUUUGGAAUGAGAAGGUAUUUGCAGCUGAGACACAAAUCCUGGAAGCUUCCAAAUUCGCUAUGCAGUGGGGUGUGCUUAAUGAAGCAGCAGCAGUAGAUCGUUACAAAAGCAUCACUGGUCGAGAAGUGAGUUCAUUAGGAUUUGCUAUUCACAGAGACGAGCGAUUACAUUGGCUCGGUGCCUCUCCUGAUGGUCUUCUUGAUUGCUUUCCAGAAGGUGGGAUAUUAGAAGUGAAAUGUCCUUAUAACAAGGGCAAGCCCGAGACAGGCCUUCCUUGGUCGACUAUGCCCUACUAUUACAUGCCUCAAGUGCAGGGUCAAAUGGAAAUUAUGGAUAGAGACUGGGUUGACUUGUAUUGCUGGACACCAAAUGGGAGUACAAUAUUUCGUGUAAAUCGGGAGCGUGGUUACUGGGAUUUGGUACAUGGGAUUUUAAGGGAAUUUUGGUGGGAACAUGUGGUUCCUGGUAGGGAGGCUUUGUUAUUGGGAAAUGAAGAGAAGGCCAAGUCAUAUAUACCAACUCCUAAGCACGGACAAACAGGGCUUGCGGUUUAUAGAAGCAUUAAGUUAGCUAGUGAGGCAAAAUUAUUGUGUAGAGAGAUUGCAGGCCAUAUUGAGUUUUACAGUUGAUCCCUGUUUUCUGUAACUUCUUCAUGAUUUAUGAGCAAUUUGGCUCUCAUGUAAUUUGUUAAUUGUUCUAUAUGAUAACAUUUUAUGUUUAUUAUA